AUUCCCAAAGAGAAGGGAAACAGAGCUUGAGCAUUAUUGUGUAGUUAAAGUGUUGAAAUACGAAAAUUGUCCAUGAUUGGAUACUUUAAAACGGCACUUUUUAGUAAAGAAUAGAAGGAUAGUCCUGGUUGCAGAUAAAUCCAAUUUGUGUCGCUCUAUUUUUACUCUAUUCGGCGCACGGACACCAUAGUGACAGCCGAGUUGCUAGGGAGUGCAGCGUCCGGAUUGAAAUCUAAACCGACGCGGAGUGAUAAUCAACUUGAAGCGGCAAAGAGCGCAAGGCGCGGAUGACUGUGUGGAAAAUUUGAUUAUCAUAUCUACAAACGCGAAAUUGUUAGCUAUAUCAAAUCAACAUAGCUAGUUAGCAACAUCACAACAUGGCAGAUCAACUGACAGAGGAACAAAUCGCUGAGUUCAAAGAGGCGUUCUCGCUGUUUGAUAAGGAUGGAGAUGGCACCAUCACCACCAAAGAGCUGGGCACCGUGAUGCGCUCGCUGGGACAGAACCCCACAGAGGCCGAGCUGCAGGACAUGAUCAAUGAGGUGGAUGCUGAUGGAAAUGGAACCAUUGACUUCCCCGAGUUCCUGACCAUGAUGGCGAGGAAGAUGAAGGACACCGACAGUGAGGAGGAGAUCAGAGAAGCCUUCAGAGUCUUCGACAAGGACGGUAACGGCUAUAUCAGUGCUGCAGAGCUACGUCACGUUAUGACAAACCUCGGUGAGAAACUGACAGACGAGGAGGUGGACGAGAUGAUCCGGGAGGCUGAUAUCGAUGGAGAUGGACAGGUCAACUACGAAGAAUUUGUGCAAAUGAUGACUGCAAAAUAAAACCAGAAACCCAAAGGACCCCUUCACCACACAAGACCAAACAGUGGGCAGCACUCUGUCAACACUCAACACCCAUUCACAACCAUCCUCUUAUUUUUUUUGCUUUGCGUUUGGUUGCUUUGCCCCUUGGCCAUUUUGCUUGAUUCAGGCUCAUCUGUGUAAGCUGAGUGUUUCCUUUCAUUAUUCCGCUACAUAUACUAAUGGUGUCUGAACAAGUGAACAAUAUUUUUAAGCUAAAAUGUAUACGGAAAGAGAAGUGCAUGCUUUAUUUCUUUGGGAAUGUUUUUGUGCUUCUCUGCUUGCAUCCUUUUUCUGUUGUGCUCGCACCCCUUUUAUUACAUGGCCUAUUCUCAUGCAACUUACGGUUGUAGAUAUUUGUCAUCUUUUAGACGUGCACAGGAUGACCAGGAUGGGAGAUGACAGAAUUUUAACAAAACAAACCCUAAUGUAUUUCCAUGUGUAUAUGCGCAUGUUUGGUGUAUGUGUUUUUAAUAUUUGUAACAAUAUUAUGUUUCUUUGAAAUUGUGGCAUUACAUAAAUAAUUUAUAUUUAAACAUAUGACCUGACUUAAAUGCAUGCUUACAAACUCAUGAUUAGUUGGCUGCAAAGAUAACUGUUUGGGUGUCGCAAACAUGGUUGUACAAAGACCCCCAGUGCAGUGCUGUAUGCGUUUCUCCAGUCUUAUGUCCUGACAUUACAACAUUUAUUCAACCGUUAUUUUAACAUUUUCUUAUACUAGAGCAGGUAUGUUCAGCACCACCACAGUCUUGUUUGACAUGACAAACUAUGCCAUUUUAACAAUCAAUGAAUUCAGUUGAAAUGUACAUUUCACUUAUGUGUAAAGAUUUAAGGCAUGACUUGUUUUGACAGUAAGUACAGAGUGAGGGCAAACGUGGCCAUUAACUUCAACCCUGCUUUGUGUACUAUUAGGAUAUUCAUUGCCCAAGCAAAUGCCACUGUUGUGGUUUUAAAGGAACCCCUGUUUUAAGAACAUUUUCCUCACCUGUCCUGUUUUUAAAUGUCACUUGUGGAAGGGUGAAUCCAAGUUGUUUGUCUGCUGGUUGUGGUUUUGUACCUAACUUGUGUGUAUGUGAUUGAAGUCACGGUCUGUUGUAGCUGCACUAUGCGUCCGACCACACCAUAUUGCAUAUUCAACUCUACCACCUUUCAUAUUGGCAUCCAUAUUUCAGUUUCCCCCCUCCCAUACUUUUUUACUGUCAUUAAUGUUAUUUUCUUUCUGUUCAUGAUCUUUGUCUCAUUUUUGAAGACUUUGCCAGUUUAGCUGUCAUGUUCUCUUUCCCAUGCCCUUUAAAGUUGUAAGUUGUUUGGGGAGAAUGAGAGAUUAUGCAUUCCAUUGCUGAACUCAUGUCAGUUUUUCUUGCUAAUUAAACUCUUUGACCAGUCUUUCUAUA